ACACACACACACACAGACAUCAGACACACACACACAGCGUGUCCUCAGACGGUCACAAACUCUUCAGGAGCUGAAGGUCGUUUCGUUCAGAAUGCAGCUCUUCAUCCUGCUCUUCCUCCUGUCCCGCGUUGCCGUGGUUACGGCGGUGACCGGUUGCCUCUCUGACCGGGACAAGGAUCACCGGCCGAGGGAGAACUGCACGGCGGCCGGCUUCACUGACCUCCCGUCAGGAUUUGACCCCUCGACCAAGGUUUUGUUGUUUCCCAACAACCAGUUCUCCGGUCUGUCCUGGUCCUCCUUCCAGUUCUUUGUGGAGCUCUAUGAGAUCGACCUCACGGGCAACCAGGUUCCAGAAGUGACCCCCAGCGGCUCUCCGAUCCUGCCCAGCCUCAGUGUUCUCCGACUGGUGUCGAACCGUCUUACGUCCCUCCCUGACGACUCCUUCACCGCCUGUCCAGGUCUGACUGAACUCCACCUGGACAACAACGCCAUAGGCUCUCUGACUGACAGCACCUUCUCUGGACUCAGCAAGCUGGAGAUCCUGGAUUUGUCAUCCAAUCACAUCAAGGUGCUUCCCGAGCUGAUGCUCCACCCCCUCUCUGCCAUAGAGACCCUGUACCUGGAGAACAACAAGAUCAACGUGAUGCCAGAUAAUUGGUUCAGCAAGAAGGAGGAGGUGCCGUACCUCUACCUCUCAGCCAAUCCCUGGGCCUGCUCCUGCUCCCUUGAUUACUUACGCACGUACCUUAACAACUACGACUACAACGUGUACACCCGGGAUGGUCCGAUCAUCAACAAUGAUGCAGAGAGUGUGGUGUGUGACUCUCCACCGAGGCAUAAGGGUAGUCCUGUACUGGAUCUGAAGGAAUCUGAUCUGUGUCAGCCAGAACCUGGUCCAGCCGGAGACUUCUACCAGCCAAUGACUACCAUGUCCAGCCGGAGACUACCAACAACUCCUGACGGUCCCUACAAGACAAGUGCUGCGAUACAUACGCCAACUGCUUCUCUUCCCACUACUACUCCUCCUGCUACUACUCCUACUACUACUACUCCUCCUGCUACUACUACUCCUGCUACUACUCCUACUACUACUACUCCUCCUGCUACUACUACUACUACUCCUCCUGUUACUGCAACUACUACUACUACUCCUUCCUUCACCAGAGUGGUUGAAUGGUCCGAUUAUUCCGGGGCGGUGGCGAGAGGUGAGGCGACUCGUUCCUCUCUUCACACUGAAAGUCCGGUUAACCUGACCGGCACGGUCCCGUCAUGGGCGAUCGGUGAGCCGGGCAGCUCGCGGCGUGGUGACGUUGGCGCCGGAGGUGGCGCCGCGUUCUGUUUGUGGCUUUGGGCCGGCUGUGUUCUGCUGUGCGUGGCGUCUGCGGCCUGUACACUCCUAACUCUGGCCUAUCUACUCAGCUGGUACUGGAGGGUGUACAAGCCACUGAGCGCCAUGCUGGCAAGGAGGCGGCGAGGAGGUGAGGGAGUGAAGAUGUUAACCUACAACAGGACGGAAGGGAAGGAGGUGGCAGGAGGAGCAGUGGUGCCGCUGUAUCGCUCUGUUCUGUUCAUCCACAGAGAGGGAGGGGAAGCUAAGGAGGAGGAGGAGGUAGGGAAGGAAGCUGAGGAAGCAGGAGGCAAAGCAAAGGUGCCGACAGGAGGAGGAGGAGAAAGAGGAGGGAGGGAGGAGAGAGGAGUGUACAGGAAGACACUGUACCGCCUCAAGAAGACAAACCGACCACACUUCCUCAACAAGAAGACUCCACCUCCCAUGAUGCCGUGA